UAAAAACAAACAUGGCUGCGCUGUGAACCUGACUCGUAUGUUCAGUUGACAGCUACUUUUCAAUUUUGUUUUCAGAUGACAACUGUAUUAUAAGCCCGUCACUAAAGUAAAAUGAAAGUGGCAAAUGUGUCAUGUUUUGCUUUCAAAUUCAUUCGCCUACAUAAGCGCGAAUUAUGUCGAGCAAGGACAGUAGGUCAGUGCAGUGCAACAACAACCCAGUUCCAACAGGACAGCCUGCCCGUUCACCCCUCUCCAUUUAACAGAUGUUUAGGCCACAAACUCCACAGGAGAUAUUCAACCGAGUCAUCUGUCAAAGACUGCAGGGGAUUGAUAUAUAAAAAACACGGAGACCCUUCACAAGUUCUACAAUUGGAGCCUUUGGAACUGCCCCAUGUGGGCGCCAAGAGCGUGCUGGUGAAAAUGCUUGCAGCUCCCAUCAACCCUUCAGACAUAAACAUGAUCCAAGGUACUUAUGCCAUCCUGCCUGACUUGCCUGCAAUAGGUGGCAAUGAGGGGGUGGGCCAGGUGACUGAAGUGGGCAGUCAGGUGACAAAACUAAAAGUCGGCGACUGGGUUAUAUCCAGAGACGCUGGCCUUGGCACAUGGCGGUCAGCAGCAGUGUGGAAAGAGGAGGACCUGGUCACACUGCCCAGCGACAUUCCCCUGCUGGCAGCAGCGACACUAGGGGUGAACCCCUGCACUGCCAUCAGGAUGCUCUCAGACUUUGAGGCAUUAAAGCCAGGAGACUCAGUCAUCCAGAAUGCAGCCAACAGUGGCGUGGGCCAGGCAGUUAUCCAGAUAGCCGCAGCCAGAGGACUUCACACCAUCAAUGUGGUCAGAGACAGACCAAACCUCCAGCAGCUCACAGACAGGCUGAAGGCCAUGGGAGCCACUCACGUCAUCAAAGAAGAGACACUCAGACGCCCAGAGAUGAAGGAGCUUUUUAAGAUGUGUCCGCGGCCGAGACUGGCCCUUAAUGGUGUAGGGGGGAAAAGCGCCACAGAGCUACUGCGUCACCUACAGAAUGGAGGGACCAUGGUGACUUAUGGGGGAAUGGCUAAGCAGCCAGUCACUGUGCCUGUGAGUGCUCUAAUCUUUAAGGAUGUGAAAAUACGAGGCUUUUGGGUCACCCAGUGGAAAAGGAAUUAUAGUCAAGAUGAGGGGGCCAUGCGAGCCAUGCUGGAUGAGCUCUGCUCUCUAAUCCGUGCUGGGAAACUGUCUGCCCCAGCCUGCGCAGAGCAUAGCCUACAGGACUUCCACAAAGCCCUGGACGCGGCCAUGCAGCCCUACACGUCUGCCAAGCAGGUCCUGGUCAUGUGAUCAAACUCCUCUGGACAGCUGAGUACUUGUUGGUCUGUUUAUUUGCUUGUGACCAAAUGUGGUGGUUCAUGUCAAGUUCAUGGGCUCAUGGGUUCAUGGGCUCUGUUCAGUGUGGCCUCUCUCAACUUUUCAAUGUUACUCAAGCAGUCAUGUAAUAAAGGGGUAUAAACGUCCAACGUCCAGCUUGCUAUCAGUAAGUUGGCACUAACAUGCCGAGGGAAUUCAGCCCUAUACUUACAUUGGAAGACAAUAUGAAACAAUUGCAAUGUUGCUUGAACAUACCACGCCCCCCUCAUCAAUGCUUUUGUCACACAAUAAAUGGCUUAGUAAACAUUUAUGGCAUUUAUUGAAGAGACAUAAUAAAAGAGGUAAUAAAGCAUAUUUUUAUUUGUAUCAGA